AAGCAGCAGAAGACAACGGUAGUCCAAAAGCCGCAACAGAAAUCUACACUAAUACAGCAACAGAAAUCUACACAACAACAGCAACAGAGGCUGCCACAGCAGCAGCAGCAGAAGCAACAAAUGCCUCAACUGCAACUGCAACAGCAACAGAAGCUACAAACGCCAACAGGGCAACAAAAACCGUUGUUGUUGCAGCAGCAGCAACAACAGCAGCAGAAGCCUUCGACGCUACCGCAGCUAAAAUCUCAAUCCCAGCAGCAACAGCAAAAGCCGCUGACAACUGUACAAUUGUUGAUGGCACAAAAACUAACAGUCAAACAGAAGCAGCAACUGCAUCAGCGUCUGCCUAUAUUGCAGACACAGUCGCUAACCGUCACACCAGCACCAACAGCAACACCAACUGCAACACCAGCAACAACGACAAUUACGCCGGCGCAGCUGAAACCAAUUCAAUUGCAUGUGACACCGCAGAAGCAACCGCCGCCGGCACACAGUGCCACAACAUUGCCGCUUCAGAAACAAAAACAACAGCAACAGGCGGCACUUGCACCGCCGCCGCCAGCGCAUCAUCCCAGCAGCAACUCGACGUUGUCGCCACCAUUGUUGGCCAAGUUAACGCCAAUGCCAGUUCCCAGCAAGUCCAGCAUAAGCAUCAACAGCAGCGCAGCGCGCACAUUGCCAUACAAAACGAAGUCAGCAACAACCGUAGCAGCAACCACAACAACGACAACAACAGCAACAGCAGCAACAACAACAACAACAACAACAUUGAGAAACGUCCAGCAGGUGCCCAAAAGCAACAUAACAUCGGCCACGCCCAUACAGUCAAUGGCAGCGGGUGCAACGCCUCCGUUGCGUCUGCUUGCCACGCCACCACAUUGUGCGGCGGCACUCAACGAACCGUUGUUGCUCAAUCUGCCGCCGACAACAAGCAUUACGCCACAGCUGACACCAACAACAACACCGCCUCCUCCGUCGGCAACAACCACAACAACAGCAGCAACCUUAAAGAUGUCAUUUCCCGGCGCUAGCAUAUCGCCCGUUAAUAAAACUGUUGCCAAACGCGUCCAGCCCAUAACUGUGCUCAAGAAGUCCGAUGAGGAAUGGCGUAAGCAUAUUGCACAGCAGCAACAGAAACCAAAGGAGCAGGAGGCGCCGACGCCGAUGCCAACAAUUGUUCUGGUCGAAUCGCCGCCAACAACGCCGCCUACAGAAAAGGCGGACAAUGAGCCGUCAAAGAGAAAGACGCCACCAGCUGGCGGUAGUGAAAGUGUCACAGCAACGGCAACGGCAACAGCUGCUCCAGUUCGUGCACCAAUUGUUAACGAGUUCUUAGCGUUGUUGCAACUCUGCCGUGAGACGGAGAAUUCCAAAGAUAUGGAGCUUUUGGAGAAAAAAUUAACAAAAUACUAUUACAGUGUGCAUGAGAAUUUUGUGCGUUCACGUGGCUUUCGCAAGCAACUGGAGCAGACCAUGGAACGCAUACGCAACGAUCCGUUAAUUAUAUAUAGUCACCUUAAAUGUAUUGUGGAUGAGCUGAAAGCGCGACGCAAGACAAAGGCGGUGCAGCUGUUGCAAGAGGAGACGCCCGAGGAGAUGGCACAAGCGCCAGCAAAUGCAGCAGAUGUUGUUGCUCCUCCACCACCUGCUGCUGCUGCUGCUGCGGCGACAACAACGACAACGACAACUCCCAGCACUGGCAAUAAACGGACCGAUGAGCGUAUUAGAAAACUCAAUCGCACAUUGUAUACAAUUACGAAACGUAUUAGCGCUUUGGAGGAAGCGGAUGUCGAUUGGAAUGAUGAUGAUGACUCGAGUUAUCUGCAGGUGGAGCGCUAUAAGAAGCGCGCCUGUCAGAUCUAUGAGAAAAUCUGUGAUCUAACCGGUGAAAGCAAAAGCGCCCAUCGUCAGAUGAAGCAGCCCAUCCUAUUCAAGGAUUCGCCCUAUCCGCAAUUCAAUCGAACUCUCUCCGCGUUUGUCAAUCGUAUGCAUGAAUUUCCCGAUUACCAUGAUGUGCUCCAGCUGCUGGAGCACUGUAAUAAGGAUAAGAAUCUGGGUCUGGCUACAUUUGAAAUGAAGCGUAUAGCUCAUGAUGCAUUUGUUAAGGUGGGACGUUUGCUGCAAGCGCGACGCAAGACUGAUCUCUACGAGACCGUUACACAUUUUACGUCCAACGCAAAGGAUCCGGCGGCCAGUGAUGCCGCGUUGCUGGCUAAGCUGAAUGAGAAUAACAAGAAACAAACCAAAAUAAGUGAUAUACUGGAGAAAUUUGCACGUGAGCAGGAUCUUACCGCAGAGGAGCAACGGGAGGCGCGUCUAAAGGAAAAACAGUUGCAGGCUGCAAAGGCAGCGGAGGUGGAAGCGGAUCCAAAUGAUGCAGACAUUGCUGGCGGCGAUGAUGAUGAUAAUGAGAAACCCUGCACCAGCGCUCAGGCGGCAAAAGCAUCACAGGCAGCCCAAACAACGCAGAUUGUCUUAACCAAUGGCCUCAAGAAGCAUGAAGACAGUGAGAAUGAGAGCGAUAGCGAUGAUGAAGAUGAUGAUGAUGACGAUGAUGAUGAAUCGGAUGAGGAUGUCGAUACAUUUGUGGACAACUUCAAGGCGAAUGGCGAUCUAAGCGAUGCCGAGUCCGAAACAGAACUAAUUGCAGCACCAAAGACACUUGCAGCGGCUGCUCAUGUGAUAGUUAAUAAUGUAACGAGAGUCAAGACUACUGCGACCAUCGAUAAACCCGGAAUGGAUAAUAAUGUUGAUAAUGUAGUAGCUGCCCAGCCGCUGGCCAAUGGCAAACUUAAGGAUGCACCAGCCGCCCAAAUGCUAAAGAUAAUGUCCGUCUCUAGUCUAAAUGCCAGUGUCUCCACAAAUAGCAGCAGUAACAAAAACAAUAAUAAUAGCAAAGAGCAGCAGAAGAAGCAGCAGCAACAACUAAAACAACAUCAGAAAAAAAAGAAACAAGAGAAAAUUGUAAUAGACACUGAAAUUGUCAUUUCGGACGAGGAAUCAUAGGCAUUUCUUUUGGUUCAAUUGAAAUUCUAGAAUGUUAGUUUAUGAUUUAGUUAGACAUUUUAUUUAUUUAUCUUCAUAUUGCGCACAAUUUGUUAAUUUUCAUAUAUUUCAUUAUUUACAUAUGUUUUCUAUGUAUCAUAAUUUUUCAUUAUACAGCAUAUUGUCGAUGCUGUGAUAUCUAUAUGACCGUCGGUUUUUGUGCGCAAAAACGCUAAGAUAGUGUACAUAUUGAAUACAACUACUAUUACUAUUAAGUAUAUGUUUUAAAAACACACUAAUGUCAUAAGAAAUAAAUGAAAUUAAAU